CAGCUGCUGGUGAGGCUGAUGAUGUGGUGUGAAGAUGGAGGCUCCUGAAUACCUGGACCUGGAUGAGAUCGAUUUCUCUGAUGAUUCAGUGUAUUCUGUGACGUCUCUGAAGAGCAUCCCAGAGUUGUCCAGGAGGAGCGAUGGCCAGGCUGAGGAGAGACCAGCUCCAGCCAUCAACUGGAGUCGUGGCGUUUCCUCUCACAGCGGAGGGGGAAUCAAACCCACGGGGCUCGCUGAGGUGCACAGCAAGUUCCGGCCGGUGAAGAGAGUCUCGCCUCUCAAACACCAACCGGAGACCACCGACUCAGACUGCGACGGGAAGCUCCAGAGUCAGGGGGAGCCGGGGGAGGACGGCAAGGACGACAAACCCAGCCACGCCUCCUCCGACGGUCCGGGCGGGAAGGCCAAGAGCAGCGUGGGGGGCGGUGGCGUGGGCGUCGUCGGGGGCAACAACCACCAGGCUCUGUUUGGGGAGCUGGAGCACUAUGACCUGGACAUGGACGAGAUCCUGGACGUGCCUUAUAUCAAGUCCAGCCAGCAGAUGUCCACGCUGCCUCGCGUCCCCCACGACAAGCGCUCGGUGUCGGGGAGCAACCUGAGCGGAGGAACCCUGGAGAGGAACCGCGGAGGGGGGCUGAAGAGCACCGCGUUACCCCACAACGAGCCUCUGAGCCUGGGCAGCAGCAGCUCGCAGACUCCGUACUGCGUUCUGUCUCCGGUGAAAUGGUCUGACCUCAGGAAGUCUAAGUCCAUGGAUCCAGACCUGCACCUCCUCCAUCGCUCUCCUGCUGCAGGGAGCUACCAACCAGAGCUGCACUCCUCCUCCAGCCUCCUCAGCUGCUCCUCCUCUCUCUCCUCCUUCUCUGAUGCAGAUAAGCUGCUGUCAGCGAGGGUCUUCCCAGACUCUCAGAGCCAGAGGAGCGUUGAGCCUGCAGGCGGAGCGGCCAUGAUGUUCCCUCUGCCUGGCUGUGCAGGAGGAGGAGGCAGCGGUGGGCCGAGGGGGUUUGGUGGUGGAGGAGGAGCAGGAGGAGGAGAGGUGGACGAGGAGACGAAGAAGAACCAAAACAUCAUCAACAUCGUCAGAGAGGGACAGAUCUCACUGCUGCCUCACCUUGCAGCAGAUAACUUGGAGCUGAUUCGUGACGAGGACGGUAACAACCUGCUGCACAUCUCAGCCAGUCAGGGUCACGCUGACUGUCUGCAGCACCUCACGUCUCUGAUGGGAGAAGACGGCCUCAACGAACGCAACAACCAGCAGCUGACCCCCGCCGGCCUGGGAGUCAAGAUGCAGAGCCUGAUGGACCCGAACAAAGCAGAGGGGACGCCUUCCAGAUCACCUAGUUCCCAUCAGGCCUCAGUGGACGCGUGGCCAGAGAUGAUGCUGACAGCGGAGGGGACUCCUGGAGACGGUCACUGGUUGGUUCGUCAGGGAGGGGUGGGGCCAGACUCCGUGCUGCGGCAGCUGCUGGGGAAGGACGCGCCGGAGAUGCUGUGUCCCAGAGAGAGGCUUCCUCUGGCGGGCGGCCUGAGCAGAGACGGCCCCGCGGCCCCCGGGGGUCCCGGCCCCCGACGGACCGGCCUGGUGGAGCGCAGAGAGCUCAAACUGGCCAGACUCAAACAGAUCAUGCAGCGCUCUCUGAGUGAAUCGGACUCAGACGGUUAUCCGCCGGAGGAAGGUAAAAGUCAGGCAGCCCCGCCCACUAACACACUGCGACCUGAUAGGCCGUCCCACCUGCCAAUCACAGAGGAGGAGCCGGUGUCCAAUCACCUCCAGCUGAUGAUGAGGAAGCACCUGCCCACUUCCUCCUCGGCAGCGGAGAAGAAGCAGGCGUUUUCUGCCAGCGGGUCCAAGUCGAUGGACGGCGGCGGUUACAACCCGUCCCCGACCUCCAGCGACCCCGACGACGGCAAAACGCCCGACGCCUCCGCCGACGCCCACGACGCCGCCAACGGCCAGAAAGUCGCCACCAGCCCGAAGAGCGCCCUGAAGUCGCCCUCCUCUCGCAGGAAGACGUCUCAGAACCUGAAGCUGAGGGUCACGUUCGACGAGCAGGUCCACAAGAGCUCCGGUCAGGAGGCGGAGCCGACGACGACCAAGGGGCAUCAUGGGAAGGAGAGGACUCCGACAGGAAGCUCUGAAAGCAAGCGUCCGUUCGGGGCAUUCCGCUCCAUCAUGGAGUCGCUGAGCGGGAACACGAACCACAGCAACAACAACAACAGCGGCGGCAGCGGCGGCCAAUCGGGAGCCGCGGUGAAAUCGUCCACCUGUCAGAACUCACCUGGCAAGAAGUCGGAGAGUAAAAGCAGCCCUGGAGCCAAGGGCAAGAACAAGAGCAGUAACGUUUAA